GCACACCCAGGGGGGACGCCGAGGGAGCAGGACGGAGCCAUGGUCUCCGCCAGGAAAGCAGGUGUCUGGGUGGCGAUCUGGACCACAGGCUGGCUCCUACUGUUGUCGCUGCUACUUCGUGAAGGAGCGCAGGCCCUGGAGUGCUACAGCUGUGUGCAGAAAGCGGACGACGGGUGCUCUGCACGGAAGAUGAAGACGGUGAAGUGCGCGCCGGGUGUGGACGUCUGCACGGAGACCGUGGGGGCGGUGGAGACCAUUCACGGGCAGUUCUCGGUGGCAGUGAGAGGCUGCGGCUCGGGACUCCCCGGCAAGAACGACCGCGGACUGGACCUCCACGGGCUCCUGGCCUUCAUCCAGCUGCAGCAGUGCGCUCAGGACCGCUGCAACGCCAAGCUCAACCUCACCUCGCGAGGGCUCAACCCCGCAGGCAACGAGACCGCGAACAAGCCCAACGGCGCCGAGUGCUACAGCUGCGUGGGGCUGAGCCACGAGAAGUGUCAGGGUACUGUGCCGCCCGUCGUGAGCUGCUACAACGCCAGUGACCGAGUCUACAAGGGCUGCUUUGACGGCAACGUCACCUUGACCGCAGCUAAUGUGACUGUGUCCUUGCCUGUCCGGGGCUGUGUCCAGGAUGAGUUGUGUACCCGAGAUGGGGUGACGGGCCCCGGGUUCACACUCAGUGGCUCCUGCUGCCAGGGAUCCCGCUGUAACUCAGACCUCCACAACAAGACCUACUUCUCCCCACGAAUCCCACACCUUGUCCUCCUGCCCCCUCCAACCACUCCAGCUCAUACCACCCCAGCUCCAACUACCUCUGUCAUUGCUUCUACCCCAGCCCCAACUACCCUCACCUCUACCACCAAACCCACCCCAACCCCAACCAGCCAGACUCUCCCCCAUGAAGUCCAACCCAGUGCCUCCCAGAAAGAUGAGUCAAGGUUGGUUGGAGGUGCGGCCGGCCACCAGGACCGAAGUAAUGUGGGGCAGUACCCUUCAAAAGGUUGGCCCACGACACCCUCAAGUAAGGGCUCUGCAGCUCCUGGGGCUGCGCUGGCAGCUCUUCUGCUGGCUGUGGCUGGGGGCACCCUCCUAUGAGCUUUUCCACCUGAAAACUUCCUUCUCACCCUACUUCCCUGGCCCUGGGUACCAACUCUUCCCAUUACUUCUGCUUCCCAUAACUGGACUGGGCUGGCCCAGCCCCUCUUCUUCUGAUGUCCCCAGUAUUCCCCAGCUUCUGCUGCACUGGUUUGCGGCUUUGGGAAAUAAAAGUUACUGUUGUAUAUAUACUGCUGGGGUGUUCUAGCUUCUUGAGAUAGCAGUUGCACCCCUCUCAUGGUGCCCAGGACAGAGUGGGAGAAGUCCACUGCCCCAGGGAGGGUGGAAGAAAAGAAGCUUCCUGUUCACUUCCCCAAGGCCAGGCAGGAAUGUGGGAGGUGGGACAGCAAUGGCCGCUGUGUCUCUGUGGGAACCUUCAUGUCUUCUGUCUUGUUACUAGACUGUGAGCUCCUCCAGGGCAGGGACUGUGUCUUUCGCCUCUGUGUGGCCAGUUUCUG